AUGCACACCCAACCCAACAGUAUCUGGGGUUCUCCCUGGUACGACCGGCCAAUCACAGUGCACCACGUGGGAGGCUCUCCUGACAUGUCAGACGAGCUGCUCAAGGUGCACUGGUGGCGAAGCCAGUCUGUUCGCUUCUUCCUGCGCUCCCCAACAGCCUAUCUCUGCCAUCUCACCAACGCCGCCCGCCACCACACCUACGGCUUCAGGGAGCCGUAUUUGCCGCGGCCGAUAGUGAGUGUGCAUGUGAGGCAGGGCGACAAGGCUGGGGAGAUGCGCCUGCUGCCGCUGAGGGCGUUUGUGGCAGCGGCGCAGCACAUGAGGAGGAAUGCACCGAACCUGAACCACAUCUGGCUUAGCACUGAGAUGCAGAGUGUGGUAGAAGAGGCAAAGGAGCAGCACCGGGAUUGGACUUUCCUGUUCACACAGAACCCAAGGCAGGAGGGCACAAUGACCAUGCACGAGUACGAGGCUGCUGUGGGCGCGGAUGUGCUCGUGGGACUCAGUUUUAUCAACCUCAUUAUAGCGUCACAGUGCGAUUAUUUUGUAGGUACACUCGGAUCGAAUUGGAACAGGCUUAUAGAUGAACUUAGGUGUACCAAUGGACGAUUGUUUAGCGGGUACCUGGCGUUAAACCACGGCCAGUGGAGAUGA